AUGAUUUCUCAGAAGGUUGCUCAGCAAUCGCUGCGGCGGCUUGCCGUCCAGCAGCCCUAUGCCAUGCGCUGGUCUUUGAUGAACUCCGCAACCCCCGCUGCUGUCGCUAUGGGACGUUUUAUGCAGACCAGACAAGCUGCCACUACCUCGAACACCUCUGACCCUACCAAGAUCCUUGCGCAGCAGCGUCUGAACCGUCCCGUUUCCCCUCACCUUUCCAUCUACCGCCCCCAGAUCACUUGGAUCGGCAGUAGUUUUCACCGUAUUACCGGAUUCGCCCUUUCUGGUUCUCUGUAUCUUUACGCGACUGCAUACCUCGCCUCACCGUUGCUUGGCUGGCAUCUGGAGUCGGCCUCCGUGGCCGCUGCUUUCGCUGCCCUUCCCAUUGUUGCCAAGGUCCUUCUCAAGGGUUUUAUGGCUCUUCCUUUCACCUACCACUGCUUCAACGGAGUCCGCCACUUGGUCUGGGAUCUUGGUAGGGGAAUCACCAACCAGCAGGUCAUCAAGUCUGGUUGGACUGUGGUGGGGCUGAGCGUCCUCAGCGCCCUUGCUCUCGCUUUCCUGUGA